CUCUUGACGUGCGCGCUCCAAAUUUCUUGCUGUGACCCAUGGUCAGCAUUGGUCAACGAUGUUUGUGGCAUCAUUGCUUGCGCUGGAAGCCUGCGCCGUGCGAGAAACACUGCAACCACUGACGUCAGAAGAUGCGAUUCGCUGGGAGGGAGACCGCUACAGGGUGAUCCGCCACGGUUCCGAUUUGGGAUUUGUGGCACUGGAAGAUGGGCGGCCGAUGCCAAGAGACCAAAGGGACGAGAAUCCGAUGAGCGAAGGCAGCGAAGGUGAACUGGAACUCUUCAAGGACGCCUUCUUGCAGACGUACACCAACUGGGAUGACAAGGUGUAUGACGCACCUCUGGCUUUGAAAAGACUGAAAGCGCGCAAGAUGGGGUGUUGGCAUGGUAGCUUCACCCCAGACCUUUGCUGCAGCAAUGGUGGUUGGUCUGUGUGUGACAGUGAGCAGUACAUCCUCGAAGAUUGCUGCGCUGGCUGGUGGUCCAAGAAGGAUCCGACAUUCAUCCACGAGGCGCGGCAAACGAUGCUACACUUCUUCGAUGCAGUUUACAGUGGCCCGUCUCGGAAUCCCCACCACUUGCACGCCAGCUACUAUGCGAUGUUGAUGGCAAGGCAAGCGAAGCAAGCGCCCAAAGAUGGCCUUGUUUUUGUGGAGGUGGGAGUUGAUGAGGGCGACUUCUUUGCAGCCGUAGUCCAAGAGAUGGACUGGUUGGGGGUCGACGUGAAAUACUAUGCGGUGGAUCCUUGGUUCGGGAGAAUCGAGCAAAUGAAGAAUGCACUGAAUUUGGCCAUUAAGUGGGCACCCAAAGUGUGGAUCAUUCGAGAAACUGGCGACAAAGCAAGUCGAAUGCUGGAGGAUGAAAGCGUGGAUUUUGUUUUCAUUGAUGCCGUCCACACCUUUGAGUAUGUCACCCUGCACAUGGAGAAGUUCUGGCCCAAGGUGAAACCUGGAGGUAUCCUGGCGGGCCACGAUUUUGCUCCCGAGAAGCCACAGCGUUUCCCUGGCCCUUUCCUAGCGGCGAAAGCAUUCGCAAGGAGGAUGGAUAUCGAUGAGCGCCUGAUAGGUUUGCAGGGCACCACUUAUGCCAUUAAAAAAGGUAUGGCAGAGUGUGACAGUCGAUGGAGUUGUGAGGAAAUCCAAUACGAUUGCAACACCGAUUGCUGGAUCUUCACGGGAAGCUCCAGUUGUGGAACUUUACAGGACACCAGUUGUGGCAGCAGCUACUACUAUAAAACAACCACAACCACAACAACGGAGACCACUGAGUUGAUCUUGGGAGCUUGUUGGCCCAAUAUGGCUUCGUCGACAGACUUCAGGUGCACUGCUGCAGUUUAUUGCGAUUCCCAAAAUGACGGCACGAACCAUGGCGAGAUUCCUCUGGAGCAAUGCGUUGCACUUUGCCGUAGCACCUUCAAUUGCAACUACAUCCAGUACGACUGCAACGAGGUUUGUCUACUGCUUGAAGAAUGCCAUCAAACCCGGCCAACAGUCUGUGGAAGCAGCAUCUACCGCUACGAGAAUGCGGAUAUUGCAACAUCCACAUCAAGUGAGCAAGCAACGGCAGAGGCAGCAGAGCCCGACCCGGAGCCUGCGAUGGAGGACGUAGAUCUUCCAGCACUUUUCCUCAUCUCUGGCUUCUGUAUAUUGGUUUUAAGUGUCUUUUUUAGGUGCUACCUGCAGAGAAUGCGAAAUCGAUCUGCCGGAGCUGCAAAGUUUGUCCUUGGCGCGGGCAGUGGCUCGGUCAUCGGCAGCAUCGGCAUUCGAACCACUCUCUGCGAUGGCGAGGAGGAUUUGGAGCCGUUGACUUCCAUGGCGCGACAAAAUUUGCCGCGCUACUGGAGCACGUCGGCUGAUCUCCAGGAGGUAUCCAUCGAGUUUCCUGCAGAAAGGAGGAAUCUGGGCUUUGGCGAACUUGCUUAUGUGAAACAUGAGCAUUUCCGGCAGUUUCAGUAUCUGGUGAACCACACCUACCAAGCCAUUCCAACCCAGGACCGUUUGUGCCCAACCGAUCAGCAUGGCAAGACUCGUGGUGGAUGUGCUUGUGUACAACCUGGUGGAUCGCCAGGCUUGCCAACAGGCUUCCAGGUGAAGAGAGUCAUUCGAGUGGAAGAUUCCGACAUGUUCAACCGAUACAUCAAACGCCGCGACCAGAUCAAGAUGAGCCGUCUGAAAUGUGCAGCUCCAGAUCCCAAGAUUCGCACGCAACAAGCCAUUGAGGCAUUCCCAGGCCUGCAAGAGGUGGUGGCACAGCUGGAUAGUGACCUCAACGAAACCUAUUUGUGGCACGGUACCCGAGUGAGAACAGGUCUGCAAAUCGCGCAGGAGGACUUCAACUUGACCUUCGCUGGCUCGGGUGCUGGAACUAUGUACGGCAAAGGUUUGUACUUUUCCGAAAGCAGCACCAAAGCUGAUGAGUAUAGCCAAGAUGAGCCAAGUGGAUACUAUCACGGUGUGAGAGCCCUGUUACUGUGCCGUGUUUGUAUGGGAGAGUUCUACUACACCGGCGAGCGGGAGCAGACCGCCAUUGAGAAGUUCAUGCAAGGCAUCUCUGAUAGCACCCUGGGUGAUCGAGCAAAAGCAGUGAAUACCUAUCGAGAGUUCGUGGUAUAUAACAAGGACCAGGUCUAUCCAGAGUACCUGGUGCUCUACGAACGUCUCCAUGGCACCCGACCUCCAGAGCCUCCGCCGAAAGAUCUGCCUUUCCUCCUGGAGCUGCCUCUGUACUGGAAGAAUGUGGGUAAGAACCCACGCAUACAGGAAUUCCACGAUCAUUGGCUUGUUCGACCCAAGAUUUCCAAUUUGAUCUAUCGAAUGGCCCUCCACACAUCGGAGAACAGCUGCCCCAAGGUUCAACGCGCGAAGAGAGUCGAAGAUUCCGUACUCUGGUGCAAAUACAUCAACUGGAAGAAAGAGCUCGCGCGACAGUUGGAAGUCAGCAAGAUGGACCGGUGCACUCCGCCCAACGAGCUUGAUGGAACUCCCAGCAGUGGCCAUGUCUUGACUGGUGAGAUCUUAGCGGAACACGAUGGCGUUGAGGCCAUCAGUCUGGAAAAUAUGGUGGCGGGUCUCAAUGAGCUGUUGCUGUGGCAUGGCACCAGCCGAGAAGCUGCUGCAGCCAUCGCAAAUGAUGGGUUCGUGCUGAACAACAAUGCCUUGCAUGGUCGACGCUUUGGAAACGGAGUGUACUUAGCAGAGGAUCUGAGGAAAAGCCUAAGCUACUGCAAAGAGGCUGAUGGUGUGAAAUAUGUGCUUUUGUGCAGGGCAGUGUGUGGUGAGAUGUUUUAUACCGAGCAACAAACUCACCGUGAUGCACCGGAGCGAGCGAGAGAGCAGGGCAAGCAGAGUGUUUUGGCCAACCCAGACAAGGUUGGCCCGCGGGAGUACAUUCUUUUUGACACUGCCCAAGUCUAUCCGGAGUACAUCGUGGAAUUCGUGACCCGGCCUUUGGCCCGUGGUCCCGUGCAUUGCCAGCCUUGGGGCGGCGACUGCCGGCACGGCGGCCGGCGCUACGACAACUGCGGUGCUUCAGUGGCGCGCCUGCCAUCAGUCGACAAAAAGCCCGUAGCCUUGGAAACGGUGGUGCCGCGCGAUGGUUCACGAGAUGAUCUCAAGAUCCUUCCCGGUGAUGCCGAUGGCUUGAGGUUGAAGGUGAAUUCUUUGGCCAGCAUUUCACUCGAGGAGGAGAAUCAAUUUGUGCAAAUGAUGAACAACUACGGAGCAACGGUUCUCGUCCCCAAAGAGGAGAGUGAUCCAUUGGCCGUGUACAAAACAUUGGACCGUUGGUUUGGCAAGUGCGUGCCCCAUGAUGCCAUGAAUGAGCAUGGGAUUGUGGAAAUCAAUCCAGCCAACCCAACGAGCAUCAACACCGCCAAUCCCAAAAAGGAACACCUUCCGCAUACCGAUGAUGCAUACACAGAUAGCCCAGCAGCGUUUUGCACCCUGCAAUGUCGGGAAUCUGCGGCAACUGGUGGCGAAUCAGUGUUGGUCUCCGGAGCAGAACUCCUGGCGGCUUUGUCAAAUGAAGAGCUGAGAAGUUUGAUGCAGCCAGGUAUGGUGUCGAUGGGAAGACGGCCUGCGGCCGAUGGCUCCUGGAUGAAGGUUAGCUCCAUCCCGCUUUUUUGGGUGGACAAGGAUUCAGGAUGGCUUCAGGUCCGGUGGCGUUGCAACGAUGGCUGUGUGGGGGACGUCGCUGCAGAGGUGAAGCCUUCCUACGAGCAGAUGGAUGCCGUUGCGCGCCACGAGGUCUAUCAGCUGGUCGUACCUUUGAAUCCCGGCGAAUUGUUGGUGGUCGACAACCGAGCGAUAGCCCAUGGUCGCCGUCCUUAUGAAUCCGGCGACUGGGCCAUCCAGUCGGGUUCUUCUUCCUCUGUUCAAAAGUUCCGGAAGUUGAUCAGAAAAUCCGUAGAAAUCCGUGCGUUCUGGUUUGGCACAACCCUGACCCGACUGAAGUCUUUUGAAAGUGCAAAUUGGCCGCCACGUAUCGAGAAAGAAGUGCAACAACCGCUCGAUUUCGAGCCGGGGGAAUACCGGGACUAUGAGGAAAAGGAGGCUGUUGUGUCGGACAGUCACGCAGGGGAGCACCUGUUCAUUUGGGCUUUAAAGCAGUGGCAACAUUUGGGUUCCCAUCAGCAUGCGAAAGCACUUGCAAGGCAGGGUCGACUUCAGGUGAACGGCCAAUCUGUGGCCGACUUUCACCGCCUCAGUGCGGGUGAUCAAGUGACCUUGCGCUUAGAUCCGCAUGUGCUGUCACUGAAGCACACCUUUCUUCGUCGCCAAAUGGUCGCAUCAGGGCAGAGUGGGAUGCGUUUGGAAGCUUUCUGCAGGACUUGUUUUCAUGACAUCCUCACUUCACGUCGAAGUAUUCGAGAAGCCAUCAAACAAGGCAGUGUACGAGUGAAUGGGGAGCAGGUCGAACACACUCGCAUGCUGCAGGAGGGAACUUGUGUUGAGGUGGCAUUGCCUGCUAUUCAGGCAUUGCAUGGUUUGUGUCCUAAGAACUGCUGGCCUCGUAUCAUCUAUGAGGAUGACAUGCUCGCUGUGGUUUGGAAGCAUGCGAACGUGAAGUCCAUGGGUGGUUGGCAAACAGCCGAGAAUGGCGCAAGGCUUCAAGUGAAACCAUCCCAUGAAGCUGACGCCUUUGAUGAGCGCCUGAAGUCGAUACAUCGCCUGGAUAAACCCGUUGCAGGCUUGAUGCUCAUGGCCAAGACCUAUUCAGCUCAUCGAUCUUUGAUGCAAUGGCUAAAAGAGCGUCGGAAUAUCUCCAAGGUAUAUCGAGCAAUUGUCUUUGGCAACCCCUUGCAAGGAUAUCAAGGUGCCCUGACCGACCAGGCAUGUCAGACAUGGCAGUUCCAAGUGGACAGUGCAGUGGAUGGCCGGGCAGCUUUGACAUUGGGUCGGAUUUUGGAAGAACUCGAUGGCUUUCAUGUUGUGGAGUUGAGCCCCAUCACAGGGCGCAGACACCAGUUGCGCAUUCAUAUGGCUUCACUCGGCUGCCCCAUUGUGGGAGACACUGACUAUGGAAGUAGAAGCCGUGCAUCUGGGAUUUUGUUGGCUGCUGUUGAACUUAAGUUUCUACAUCCAGCAAAGCAGCUUGAAUCUCCGCAGAUGCUGGAGUUUCAUGAAGAGGAGCCUCCUCACUUCAAGAGCUGGCGGGAGAAGCUGUCAGGUUCUCUCUGA